UAGCGCUAUCAAAAUAAUGAAGUAAAACUCCCAACGUGGGGUCCGUAGACGUGUCACGGGACCAGUUGGAAGAAGUGUUGUGUGUUAAGACGUGAGACUCUCUAGGAACAAGCAUUUGUACUUUCGUCUCGUCUCGACAACGUAUAGGAGUGUUACCUUUUAACACUUUACUACAUCAUGGUCAUUAAAUCAAAACCAAUUUUCACUAAAGAAGAAGAACUUCUUCUUCAAGAUUUUAGCAGGAAUGUAUCUACUAAGUCUUCUGCACUUUUUUAUGGAAAUGCAUUUAUAGUUUCCGCCAUACCUAUUUGGCUUUUCUGGAGGAUUCAUAUGAUUGAUGUUUACAGUUCUGUAUUGGCUUUUGUGGUUGUUACUCUGUUGAAUACUUAUUUAGUGGCUUUUGCCUACAAAAACACUAAAUUCAUUCUGAAACAUAAGAUUGCUGUAAAACGGGAAGAAGCCAUUACUAGAGAAAUAUCUCGCAAAGUAGCAGAAGACAAGAAAAUGAGUAAAAAAGAAAAGGAUGAAAGGAUAUUGUGGAAGAAAAAUGAAGUUGCAGACUAUGAAGCGACUACUUUUUCAAUUUUCUACAACAACGCUCUGUUUUUAGCUCUUGUUAUAUUCAUUAGCUUCUAUGUUCUGAAAACAUUUUCUCCCUCCAUAAAUUAUAUAUUUUCUCUGGGAACAGCUGGAGGAGUGCUGGCUUUACUGUCAACAGGAACACAGUAAAUAUUGAAUCAAUAUUUGAUUUAUGAGCAAAUGAAGAUGAUUAUUGUGUUUACACUCUUAAUUGAGAUGUUUAGUUAUACAAACGGAUACAUUCUUAUUCAUACAUUUUGCUGGAGUGAUUAAAAACCAUUCUAUUUGAAUAAAAGAUAUGAACAAAGAUAAUACCACUAUUAUUUUUGUAUUAUAUGUGAUAUGUAAAUGAAAAAAAAAAAAAAUAUAUAUAUAUAUAUGUAUGUAUAUAUAUUCAAUACAUCUAUUGUAUAUCCCUAACUUUUUGUGGUAUUGACUUUCAAUUUGUUAAUUUAAAAAAAACUAAUUUGAAUAAAAUAAAUAACCAAUUAUAUACAUUUUUGUUUAUAUAUAAAUAAAUAAAAAAAACAUUGUUUAAAACUAAAUACUGUUCUUUAUUAUAACAUGCAAUAUCUGUGUGCAUAUUUUUAUUAGCAUCUUAUAAUUUGUAAUUAUUCAUGUCAUUAAGUCAUUUUAUUAUUUUUUUAAAGAUUCAAAACAAAUUAAUUUAACAAUUAUUUCUAGCCUUAAACAUUGUUAAAUUAUUUGCAACUUAAGUUAUAUUGUCAAUUUCGUUAAUUUACAAAAAUAUGUAUUGUCUUUUAAAGUAAUACACAAUUGUUUUGUUCAUGAUUAAAUGUAUUUAAAAAACAGCAAAACACUGUUCAGAACUAAAUUCUGUUUUAUACCAUCUAAGUAUGUAUAUGCUAUUUUUUACGUACUGGUUUUUAUUUAUAUCCAGAAAUAAAGAAAUAGCCGUAUGAACUGUUGAAUGCAGAAAUGUACUUAAUCAAAAACCAAAAACGUUAGCAUUGAGAUGGUCAAUAUUUUAGAGAAGUUUUAUGAAGCUAGAAUAAUUAUAGGUAUUUCUUGUUAAGGAAUUACUGUUUAUAUCCUCUUUUUAAUCAUGUCUCGAGCAUGUUAAACUAUUUUGAACCAUAAAGUAUAUAUAAUAAAUAAUUAAUUAUUAUGAAAAUGACUUACAUAACUUUUGCAAGCAACAGCUCAUAUUCUCAAUUUUGUGUUAAUUGUUUCCAUAUCUUUUUGGAAUGGAUCCGUUUAACACAUUAUUCCUGUCAUCAAAAACUUGUAAAAGUGAAUUUUCAAAUUAGCUAAAAAAACUGGAAUGUCAAAGUAAUAGUGUUCUUAAAUUGAAUAGGUUAUCAAAAACUGUAAUUAUAUUUAUUCAAGUAUAAAGUAAACAAAAAUAUAAUAAUUAAAGACACUGUCAUUAUUAGAAUUUCAAUCAUCUUCCAGGUGUGACUGAAAUAGAAAAAAGGUUUUAUUCAUAAUGUGAUGUGUAAAUGAAUGUUAUGACAUUUUUUUUUUAUAUUUGAAACUUCCAUUAUACAAAUCUAUAUAAAACAUUUCCAUGUGUAAACUUGUGAUCAGAUAAAAAUAAAAUUGUAUUUAUU